AUGAGAAUUAGGGCUUUUCCUAUGACUAUGGAUGAAAAAUAUGUGGAAAGUAUAUGGAGUUUAUUAAAGAAUGCAAUACAGGAAAUACAAAAGAAAAAUAAUUCUGGGCUUUCUUUUGAAGAAUUGUAUCGUAAUGCAUAUACUAUGGUUCUCCAUAAACAUGGAGAAAGACUUUAUACAGGUUUAAAAGAAGUUGUAACUCAUCAUCUUGAAACUAAGGUACGGGAAGAUGUUCUCCAUUCUCUUCAUAAUGGAUUUUUGCAAACCCUGAACUAUGCAUGGACUGACCAUCAAACAAGUAUGGUGAUGAUUCGUGACAUACUGAUGUAUAUGGAUAGAGUUUAUGUUCAACAAAACGACGUUGACAAUGUGUACAACUUGGGCCUUAUAAUUUUUCGAGAUCAGGUAGUACGUUAUGGCUGUAUCCGAGACCAUCUGAGACAAACUCUUCUGGAGUUGGUAGCGAGGGAGCGCCGUGGUGAAGUUGUAGACCGCCUGGCAAUUCGUAACGCCUGCCAAAUGCUUAUGGUAUUAGGAAUCAACUCACGAGCCGUUUAUGAAGAGGAUUUUGAAAAACCUUUCUUGCAUCAAUCUUCAGAAUUUUAUAGGAUGGAAUCUCAAAAAUUUCUAGCGGAGAACAGUGCCGCGGUAUACAUUGCACGCGUUGAGGCACGAAUUGGGGAAGAGGCAGAGCGUGCAAGGCACUACCUGGACGAGACCACAGAACCACGCGUCGUCGCUGUUCUAGAGCAUGAACUCAUCGAACGCCAUAUGAAAACUAUAGUGGAGAUGGAGAACUCGGGCGUGGUGCACAUGCUGCUGCACACGCGCACGGCGGAGCUGGCGUGCGUGUACAAGCUGCUGUCGCGCGUGCCGGAGGGGCUGCGCACGGUGGCCGACGCGGUGUCGGCGCACCUGCGCGAGCAGGGCCGCGCGCUCGUCACCGAUACGCACCACAACACCAACGCAAUCGCCUUCGUGCAGAAUUUGCUGGAUCUGAAGGAUAGAUUUGACCAUUUCCUUCACAACUCCUUCAACAACGACAAAAUAUUCAAACAUAUGAUUGCUUCCGACUUUGAAUAUUUUCUUAACCUAAAUAAUAAGUCCCCUGAGUUUCUAUCACUGUUUAUUGAUGGAAAAUUGAAGAAGGGAGAGAAAGGAAUGAGUGAACAAGAGAUAGAAGCAGUAUUAGACAAAACAAUGGUCCUGUUUCGUUUCCUUCAAGAAAAGGAUGUUUUUGAACGAUAUUAUAAGCAACAUCUCGCUAAACGCUUAUUGCUCAAUAAAUCCGUCUCUGACGAUAGUGAGAAGAAUAUGAUAUCCAAACUGAAGACUGAAUGCGGGUGUCAAUUUACUUCCAAGCUGGAAGGAAUGUUCAAAGAUAUGACUGUUUCUAAUACCAUUAUGGACGAAUUUAAAGAGCAUGUGCUUUCUUCAGGGACCAAUCUUCAUGGUGUAGAUCUAUCGGUUCGUGUUUUAACCACCGGGUUUUGGCCGACUCAAAGUGCUACACCCAAAUGCAAUAUACCUACAGCCCCAAGAAACGCAUUUGAAGUUUUUAGAAGCUUCUACCUAGCGAAGCACUCGGGACGUCAGCUGUCGCUGCAGCCGCAGCUGGGCAGCGCGGACCUACACGCCACGUUCCGCGCGGUGGGCGCGGGCGCGGGCGCGUCGCCGCCGCGCUCCCCCCCCCCGCAUCCGCACGCUGCGUCCUCCACCCCCUCCACUGCCCCCGCCCCCUCCACCGCCUCUACGCCCGCGCUCGCACCCGCCCCUGCUGCCUCCGCCGCCGCGCCCCGCAAGCACAUCAUACAAGUAUCCACCUUCCAGAUGUGCGUUCUGCUGCUGUUUAAUAAGCGCGAGCGGCUCACUUAUGAGGAAAUACUCAAUGAGACUGACAUUCCCGAAAAAGACCUCGUACGUGCCUUGCAAUCUUUAGCCAUGGGAAAACCGACACAACGAGUGCUUAUCAAGCAUCCGAAGACUAAGGAGAUAGAACCUUCUCAUCAGUUCUAUGUUAAUGAUGCCUUCACUUCUAAGUUACAUAGAGUUAAGAUCCAAACAGUAGCAGCUAAGGGUGAAUCGGAGCCAGAACGACGCGAGACUCGCAACAAAGUAGACGAAGAUCGCAAGCAUGAAAUUGAAGCUGCCAUCGUGCGUAUUAUGAAGGCUCGGAAGAGGAUGGCGCACACGCUGCUGGUGGCCGAGGUGACGGAGCAGCUGCGCGCGCGCUUCCUGCCGUCGCCGGUCGUUAUCAAGAAGCGCAUCGAGGGGCUCAUCGAGCGCGAGUACCUGGCGCGCACGCCCGACGACCGCAAGGUCUACACCUACGUCGCAUAG